GUUGCAAGGAUAUUUAAAUGGAGUGUUAUCACAUAUUUGGUGCAAAUGCACCAAAAGUAAGAUAACGGUGUAUGACAAUUAUAUUUUGACAAGGACCGUAAUCGUCCGCCCUGCCUCGCCGUUGUUGUUGUUAUAUUAUGAGACGGGUGGUGACAGCCCGCUCCGCUGGAUUAACGAUGGCACCCGCUGCCGGAUACAUACUUUGUGUGAUUCUUAUUUUCCUAUUAAAUACAGCGCGCGUUUCAUCACAAACCGCAUAUUACACGAACGUUAGACAAGGAAAGAUGGGUUUUUCCUCAGGAUUUGACUCCGAGAACAGGCCAGACGAGUUGAUGAACGUAGAGGUCUCUUUUACCGCCACCACGAUAUCUAACGUGGACACAAAAUCCGGCUAUGCGACCAUUAGUGGCUGGUUUACAUUGACUUGGACGGAUGCUUUGUUCCAGUGGAGCCUGGGAAAUAUAGACUACAUUUUUUACAAGAAAUCCUCUCUGUGGACACCGCGAUUAGUGGUAUUCAACGCAAUAAAUGGAUUCUCGAUACUUGGAGACGACAACGAUAUGAUCCGCAUCGGCAAGGACGGUGUUAUACGAUGGGAGCCGGGCGGUCAGUUCCGAGUGAAAUGUGACGUCAGGCAACCCUCACUUAUAUGCAAACUAAAGUUGUCUAGCUGGAUGUACGCUAACACGGAGGUGGAACUGGUCAAUCACGCCUCCGCCAUUGACACGUCACUUGUCAGUUUGGACGAGAAGUACAGCCUCAAGACUUCCGGUUUGGAGACGGUGGUCGCCACGAGCUCACGUGCAACAUACCCUACGACUCAUCUCAUAUACAGUUUUACCAUCGACCAGACGUCUGACUCGCAGACGGUCACGUGGGUUGUCGUGGUGACGUACGUCCUUCUGUCUUGCGCGCACCUGCUCGUGUUCACGUUGUCAGUGGAUACCACAGACAAGAUAGCGUUCUCCGCCAAUAUGCUCAUGGCGUUGGCGUUGUACCUGGUGGUGUUUUGCGCCAUUCUAGAAGUCGGACGGGACGGUCUUAACAGAAGUGUGUCUCAUCUAGAGAUACACAUGUUCGCCAUGUUCGCGCUCACGGUUCUUGAGACCAUUUUCAACGCGGUGGUUGUUGGGAUACACGAGAAUCACAAGAACAACCAGCCACUCGGAAAACAGGGGUGCAUGCGGAGAUUUCUCGCUCGUCUCUCGUGUUUCCGGCAUUCGCUAGUCAGGAGCAACAUCGUGGGCAUAAUUGACGACAAUGGCGCUCAUAAAAACCGGAAAUUGCGAACAAAAAUUAGUCAGCCGUCGAAACAGCGCUGGAACGCUUCUGAGUCGGACUGGGGGAGCUCUCGGAAUUUCGAUAGGAUAAAAAGCGCCAGUACUACAACCGGACGGACGGACAGUCAAACGGAGAGUCAAGAUCUGGAGUCCUCGCCUAGCAACGUAUUAGAUGACGAUUCCGCGACCGAGUUCAAAGCUGGAAAGAGCGCGAUUUUCACGUGGGCCGAUAUUGCCACCAUGUGGGGUCGCGUUUUUUUCAUGACGUUUUUUCUCAUUAGGGCCUUUACCGUCAUCGUCUGUUUUAGCGUCAUACUAGGUUCAUGUGGGCUAACUUUUUGCGUUUCCUAGUAAAUCUAGUUGUGUUAUUGUUGUUGUUUUUUAAAGAAUAAGGUCUGAACUCGCCCAGCCCUUACUUCCAGCUUUUGUCUGAUAAUUCAUUUACAUUCGAUAAAUAAAUAAUGGCCAACUUGGA